AUGGCUCCUUCAAAAACCGACAAAGCCGGGGCAACAGCCCCCUCCGAGGUUUACAAUUGGCGCAUCUACCUCCUGGCACUUUGUGCUUCGAUGGGCUCAGCAAUGUUCGGGUACGAUUCGGCCUUCAUAGGCGGUGCGAUGACGCUCCCUUCAUUCCAACAACGAUUUGGUCUUGAUAAACUCUCGGGUAACCCUCUUGCUUCUCUUAAAGCGAACACUGUCAGCACCUUUCAGGCUGGUUGUUUCUUUGGUGCAAUACUCUGUUACUGGAUGACGGAGCGAUUUGGCCGCAAGAUUACACUCAUUGUCUGUGGUGUUGUUUUUGAUAUUGGUGUCGUCUUUCAACUUGCUUCUUCUGGGAGAGUUGGCUUCAUAUAUGCUGGAAGGGCUAUCACUGGCCUCGGUGUAGGUGCUUCUUCACUCUUAGUGCCGGUAUAUAUCUCCGAAUGGUCGCCCCCGGCUAUCCGAGGUCGUCUUAUUGGGAUUUUCGAGGUGUUCCUGCAGGUAUUUCAGGUCAUUGGCUUCUGGAUCAACUAUGCCGUUAAUAUCCACGAACCUACUACGGACCGACAGUGGCACAUACCCUUUGCAUUCCAGUUGGUGCCAGGCUCGCUUCUAGUCAUAGCCAUGAUCACCCAGCCUGAGAGCCCGCGAUGGUUGAUCAAGGCUGGCCGUGUUCACCAAGCUUCACAAGUCUUGUCGAGAAUCCGGCAACUCCCCGAAACACAUGAAUACCUCGCCUGGGAGGUGCAAUCUAUCGAAAGCCAGCUUGAGCGCGAAGGACAAACUCAUACAGGUGCCUUGGCAAACGUGAAGGCCAUGAUCCGAGAGAUGAAAGCACCGGGCAAUCGAGUCCGAAUCCUAUUAGGCGUCGCCAUUAUGUUCCUGCAAAAUCUGGUCGGUGCAAACGCGAUCAACUACUACAGUCCCUCCAUCUUCGCUUCGGUCGGUUUCACAGGAAGCAGUGUUGGCCUCUUAGCAACGGGAAUUUAUGGCCUAGUCAAGGUUGUCUCCACGCUCAUUUUCAUCACAUGGAUCGUUGAUCGCGUGGGGCGACGUCCUCCUUUGAUCUAUGGUUCUCUCGGUGCUCUUGUUGCUAUGCUGUAUCUCGGUAUCUAUACGAAAAUCUCCAAUGCCUUCUCUGGCCAGGCUCCACGAGAUGCUGGCGCCUACGUGGCAAUCACAACGAUCUACGUCUUUGGGGUCUUCUUUUGUUGUUCUUGGAACAGCGUGGCUUGGAUUUUCUGGUUCGUUUGCCCUUACAGUUUGAAUGCUCUGAACAGUGCGGAAAUCUUCCCCAUGCGAAUUCGCUCCAUCUGCCUCGUUAUUACAACUUGUUGCCAAUGGCUUGGCCAAUUUGUGAUUGUUUACUCGACACCUUAUAUGAUGGAGGGUAUCCAAUGGGGUACGUUCAUCUUUUUUGCCUCAUCUAUCGUGCUUGGCAUCAUUUUCUCCUACUUUUUUAUUCCUGAGACCGAAGGUGUGUCUUUGGAGGAAAUGGACAUCUUGUUUUCAGCGCCAGGAUCGGCCCGCCAGAAGCGAAAAGCUGUUGAGGAGGUGAUUGCCGAGCGUAGAGAGGAGGCUGAAGGGCUGGCUGGAGCAGAGGAUGUCCAGGAGAUCAAGCAUGAGAGCACGGAUGCAAAGCAUGUCGAGUCAGUGUGA